AUGGCACAACCAAAGCCCACCACCACAAACACCCNNUACAUCCCGCACGCCUCUCUUGAACCCAUCUCAACCAAGAUCAAGAAACUGCAGAGCAACCUCAACAAAGUAAUAAUGGAGGGACGCAUUUUUGGACCAGGCAAAGAACAACUGCUGGGCUGCAAACACAAUGUCGAUGCCUUAGCAGCUAUGGUCAGGGAGCUUGAUGUUGACAGUGCUGCACAGUUGAUCUACAACGCGCUGGAUAGCAGUUCUGCAGAAGACAAUGUCAAGGCUGCUAUCAAGCAUGGCCUCGACGCAGAGUCAGACGUGCUUCUGGACUUCGAAACCAAGUUUACGCGACAUUCCAAGCAAGCUGUGGCUGAUGCAAUCAGACGCAAAGUAUUGAUACAACUCGGCGGGCUUUGA